CGACGUCCAUAUCGCUAGACAAAGCUCUUGGAGAAUCAUGAGGAUUUUAUUUUCGUACCAGGCAUCUAGAUUGCUCUGGCUCACGAAGCCACCUGGCCAGAAAUUUCACACAACUCACCAGCUUUGGGGACCUCUGACUCUUAAUGACUUUGAAGCCAUAAAUCGCUGUGAAAGGGCAUUGCCCAAGAACUUCAACUUUGCUGGGGAUGUGCUGGACCAGUGGUCUCAAAAGGAGAAGACAGGAGAAAGACCUGCCAACCCAGCACUGUGGUGGGUGAACGGCCAAGGAGAUGAGGUGAAAUGGAGCUUUGGAGAACUUAGCCUCUUAUCUCGAAAGGCUGCCAACGUGCUCACCAAACCCUGUGGCCUCCAGAGAGGAGACCGAGUGGCUGUGAUUCUGCCCAGGAUCCCAGAGUGGUGGCUCAUCACCGUGGCUUGUAUGCGAACAGGGCUUGUCUUCAUGCCAGGAACGACUCAGCUGACAGCAAAGGACAUUCUCUACCGACUGCAAGCAUCCAAGGCCAAGUGCAUUGUGGCCAGCGAGGAGGUGGUCCCAGCUGUGGAGUCCAUUCAGGCGGACUGCCCAGAUGUGAAGACCAAACUCCUGGUGUCUCCGCACAACCAGAAUGGGUGGCUCAACUUCCAGGAGUUAUUUCGAUCAGCCUCCGAAGAGCAUAGCUGUGUAGAAACAGGAAGUCAAGAACCAAUGGCUAUUUAUUUCACCAGUGGAACCACAGGCUCUCCCAAGAUGGCCCAGCACUCUCAGAGCAGCAUGGGCAUCGGAUACACCCUCUGUGGGAGGUAUUGGCUGGACUUGAAGUCCUCGGAUGUUAUCUGGAACAUGUCUGACACUGGCUGGGUCAAGGCUGCCAUUGGCAGUGUGUUUUCUUCCUGGCUUCAGGGAGCCUGCGUUUUUGUGCAUCGGAUGGCCCAGUUUGACCCUGACACGUUCCUGGAUACGCUCACCACGUACCCCAUCACGACCCUGUGCAGUGCUCCCACCGUGUACCGAAUGCUUGUGCAAAAAGACCUCAAGAGAUACAAAUUCAAGAAGCUAAGACACUGUUUGACUGGAGGGGAGCCUCUCAACCCAGAGGUGCAGGAGCAGUGGAAGGCGCAAACUGGGCUGGAGCUGUAUGAAGGCUACGGACAGACAGAAGUGGGAAUCAUUUGUGCCAAUCAGAAAGGGCAAGAAAUUAAAGCUGGCUCAAUGGGGAAAGGCGUACUACCUUACGACGUCCAGAUUAUAGAUGAAAAUGGCAAUAUCCUACCACCUGGCAAAGAAGGGGAAAUUGCCCUCAGACUAACGUCUACUCGGCCCUUCUGUUUCUUCUCUGAAUAUGUGAACAACCCAGAGAAGACGGCAGCCACAGUGAGAGGGAAUUUCUAUGUCACUGGCGACAGAGGCGUGAUGGACAGUGAUGGCUAUUUCUGGUUUGUCGGCAGAGCUGAUGAUGUCAUCAUAUCCUCUGGGUACCGGAUUGGGCCAUUCGAGGUGGAGAGCGCUCUCAUUGAGCACCCAGCAGUUGUGGAGUCGGCUGUUGUCAGUAGUCCAGAUCCAAUCAGAGGAGAGGUGGUGAAAGCUUUUGUUGUACUGUCUGCACCUUUUAAAUCAUCCAACCCUGAGAAAUUAACUCUUGAACUUCAGGAUCAUGUGAAAAAAUCAACUGCGCCUUACAAAUACCCAAGAAAGGUGGAAUUUGUUCAAGAACUCCCAAAAACUAUCACUGGAAAAAUCAAACGAAAUGUUUUAAGAGAUCAAGAAUGGGGAAGAAAAUAAGAAACCGGGACAAUAAGCAUUUAUUUCUUUUAGUCCUUGAUCCCAUAUAAAAAUUUGUCAUGGUGCAGUAGCUGAACACUCUGCUAAUCCAGAGGUAGGUGGUUUGAAUCCAAGCCACUCCGUGAAUGAAGUGGCAGUCUGCUUCCAAGAUUUACAGCCUUGGAAAUGCUGAC